GCAUGCUUCGCGGGGCCGCGGGGCGGGGCGGGGUGCUGAGGCCCCGCCCCCUGGCGGAUCCCGGGUCUUUUUCCGGGAACGCGGGGGCUUCCAGUCCCAGCGUUGCGGCCGGCGCUUGCGGGUUACCGGGCCAGGCGGCGCGCAUCUCUGGGCCUCGUUCUCCCACUCCCUGGAUGUUUGGGGAUAAUGAAAGAGAGUCUGUGCGGGUUAGCCUCGGGACGGGCUCUGCUUACCGAGCCCGGCAACCCCACGGCAGGGGCCUCGGGAAGCCGCUUCCGAGGGCCAGGAUAAUGGGGAGGCUGGACCCCUACCGCUUGGGGGCUAUUGAAAGUGGAGUCCAGGCAGCCUCUCAGCUGCAGUCUCUGGGUCUCGAGCUCUUCCCCGGGACUGUGCAUGGGUCAGUGAGGACCUACCCUUUGCCCUAGGGCAGGAGAAAGAAGGGGGCCGGGACUGCACACCUCACCCGGUCCAGGCCUGGACCCUGCAACCUCGGCCGGCCUCCCUCCAGCCCAGGAGCACAGGCCUCCCCUAGUUGGCAGUCGUUGGACUGUCUGGCUGGGAGGCACAUUCCUACCUCCUGAGCUCUGGCACCCCGCCUGCCCUGGGGCAGCCUCUUCCAGAACUUUGCUGCCAACACUGCCCUGUCCCCACCCUGCCUUCUCGUGUCCUAAGUCCCUAGUUACUACUCCACAGCCGCCUUCUUUCCCCUAGUCUUUCUCUCUCUUUUUUUUUUUUUUUUGAGCUAGAGUCUCCCUUUGUCGCCCAGGCUGUAGUGCAGUGGCGUAAUCUCCGCUCACUGCAACCUCCGGUUCCCAAGUUCAAGCGAUUCUCCUGCCUCAGCCUCCCGAGUAGCUGAGAUUACAGGCACUUACCACGGCUAAUUUUUUUGUAUUUUUAGUAGAGACGAGGUUUCACCUCGUUGGCCAGGCUGGUUCCAAACUCCUGACCUCAAGUAAUCCUCCCACCUUCGCCUCCCUAAGUACUGGGAUUGCAGGUGUGAGCCACUAUGCCCGGCCUCCCCUAGUCUCUUAAGAGGCACCGAUUCAGCUACCCUCUGUCACCUCCUACCUGUACUGAGCAGGCAGCUAAAUUGAAUGUCGGCCUUUGGGUCUCCGAAGGGAGGCUGUAUGCUGGUUGAGAGGCUGUCCUCGCGCCUUUCUCCCUCCUCACCCAGGGCACAUGCACAAAGAGGCUGAGAAUCGGCUACAGUUGCAGCAGAAGAGACUCAGGGUUGCCAUCGGAAAGAACUUCCCAGUCUUAAGCAUUUUGUUCUUAGUGAAAUUGUCAGAUUAUUGAUAUGUUGGUUGUAGAAAUAUCCAAAAAUACAAGAAAAAAGUAAAAACUUUAUAAUUCCACCAGCAGUAUGUAACUACUGUCAACAUACUUUCUGUAGAUGUAUGAUAAACCACUUAUGAUACAUCUACGGAGUCAUGCUAUAUAUUUGGUUUUGUAAGGCACUUGGUGGUUUUAAUAGCUUUUUUCUCACUAUAAAAGGAGGACAGGCUUAUUAUAGACUUUUGGAAAAUAUGACAAAUUAAAAAAAAAUUCACCCGUACUCUCAGUCUCCAAAGGCAGCCACAGUUGUCUUCCCUCAACCCCCCCACCCCCGUUCAUGGGGUUUUUCGCUUUGUGUUUUUUGUCUGUUUAGGUAUGCCAUCAUUACUUCUGUAUAUAGCAGUUGAUAUUCCGCUUUUCUUACUUAAUGCUGUUUAAGAUGCUCCUGAACCACGUUCUUGGGAGAACUUCCGAGAUGAGGCAGACAUUUCUGGGGGUGAUUUGUUGGACUGGCUGUUCACUUUCUGAGUUUGUCCUCUCCCUGCCUGUAGCCCCCCGACAGAGUCCUUCUCCAUUGCCAAUAACCAAUGAUAUGCAGCUUGGGUCAGGGGGUCCUGCUUGCUGGGGGCCCAGGAGGCUGCCUAGUGUGGACAGGCAAGACUCAUGGCCCGAUGCUGAGAUCUGGGCUCCAAUAGUAAGGGGCUUUACUCUGGCCCAGAUAUGCCAGGUUUCAGGGAGGUCUCAGACCUUGGCCUCAUCCUCAUUCGGGGCCUCCUUUGCCUGGGCACACUCAGACCCGAGGCCCCUUGUCGAUCCUGUGACCCACCUUCUGCUUUGACUUCCUGGGAGUUGGUUUCUGCUGCCCUUGGCUCCUCAGCCCCUCUUCUCCAGCCUCUCUCUGGAGGCAUGCAGGCUUGGCACCAGCACAGCCUCCCUCUGCCCAGCUGCCCCUUGGCCCUAGCUACAAGCUGCCCUUGCCCUGACCUAUCCCUACUGCCAGGCCUGUCUCUUCUCCCCUAUUCCAGAACAGUUCAAUUCUAACACAUCCAAGCCCUGCGUGAAACAGGCCUUGGGAAAUCACAGUUGCCAGGGACGGAUUGGCAUUUAAAAGGCAUCCAAGGCUUUGGGGAAAAAGCUGAAGAGACAAGAGGAUGCAGGGCCCUGUAUCAGAACAGCAGCUGGAUUUACUGGAUGGAAAAAUCACAGAAUGCCCCUUUCCUUGGGAAUAACAGUCCUGGCCGAGGGGCAGCGGGUGUGGCAUGAGCACGCCAUGCCCUGCCUGGCCACCACCUGCCAUCACCUCUGUGUACUCUCAGAAAUGAAAAGAUUAGGGAGGGAGAUUGUCAGCCUGCAGCCAACGGCCCGCUCUAACAGGUUUAUUCAGUUGUAAAAUAUUUAAGACCUGUUUCACUUUACCUGUAUCCAGGAGGCAGCCAGGUUGGGGCCGAGAUUGAUGUGCUGAACAUGAUUUAUUUAUCUGGAUUUGCUCUUGUGGUCUGGGUGUUACCUGGGUGUGGAAUUUAACCAAAUGACAAGAUGGGUUUGCAUGUGUUCCUGAGCUUGGGGAUUGUGUGUGUGUAAAAAGUGAGUUGGGGUUUGUGUACAUGGCAGGGGUUGCUGUUAGGUGGCUUGUGUGUCUGUUUGUCACUGGGACCAACGUGUGGUUGUGUGUGUGUCUGAUUUGGGGAAAUGAGCUGAGGGUAUGGGUGCUUACACACCAGGCAGUAUCCACAGCAGGUCACACGUUCUUUGUGUGUUGGGGGCACCUCUGUGUGCGGCCGAGUAGCUGUUUGUGUGCAUGUCCUGUGGUGUGAGACCUGGAUCUCUCUCACCCACUUUUCAUCAGUGGUGGGGCAUUGCGCACUGACUGAGUUGCUGGGGCAUCUGCUUUUCCAUCCGGCCCUGGGUGAGCACUGACAACACCUGACUGUCUUCCAGUAGAACUGGGCCUUCCUGCCCUGCAGUCCAGAGACUAGAGGGAAUUCGGUGGUCAAGGUGGUCCAGGCCCACAGCCAUAGCCCUAAUGCAAAGCAUGGCUCCUACUCCAGUGCGCUGCUGUGGGGUGACCCUGCUCCUCCUCCCUGGACCUCAGUUUCCUCUUCUGCUGCAGAGGGCAGGCACCCAGGUCCCUGUGGCUGCUCUCACACACGGGCUUCUGGGUGGCUCAUGGCAGGCUUAGGGCAUUGGGCUGGGGUUUGUCUCCUGCCACUCAAGAGUUGAGUCCCACCAGUACUCAAGAACAGCAAGGAAUGAUGGGAAAAUCCCUGCUUUGGGGCCCAACUCUGGAUUCUGGGCGUUGUCUCUGUCCCCCGUCUAGGCCCAGCCCUGGCCCAGUAGUCAGGAAAGCGGCAGGCAACCCUGUAACAGCCCUCGGUCUCCCCCUCCCCCCACACCCCUUUAUAUUGAAUGUGUCUGUCACUACUUUCCUAAUGAGGCUGCUGAGGGCCCCCCUGGGGCAGAUACCUUUGCAGACUGGAGGUGAGGGGGUGGGCCAGCCUCAGGGUCAGGACAGGAAGGGGAGCUGAGCCCUUCCCCUGCCUGCACCCCCAGGCCAGCUCAGCUGUGGAGGCAUUGAGGCCCCUCUCAGCUCCUGAGCCAGCUGUGAGUGGGCAUGAGAGCUUGGGGAGGUAGGAAAGCUCACCCCAGGCACUGAGUUUUCUUUGGCGCUGUGACUCUGUAGUAAUAAUACUUCCACCUGGUCGAUAUCUAUGUUUGGAGGCCUACUGUGUGCCAGGCACUGAGAUCAGCCAUGAUCUGGAUGGACACACAAAAUCCCUGCCCUUGAGGGAGGUGUGGCCAAAGGAAGAAAGACAUUAAUCAAAGAAUCAAGUGAUCUGAGUCGUGCAUUCAUGCAUGGGAAUGCCGGCUGAUCACAAGCCAAGACAGAGGCCAGGCAGAGCUUCUCUGAUGGAGACAGGGAGUCCUGUGCUUAGACUGGGGGCUGGUCCAGGCACUGGGUAAAGGCUCAGCCGGGAUUGAAGGAAUCAGGAGACCCAGAUUCUUGCUGUGUGGCCUCAGGCAACUGCCCACCUUCUCUGGGCUCCUAGAGGCUGGUGGCUUCCUUCUGGCUCCCGUCACCUCUGAGUGGAACUCAGGCAGUAUAUGUCUCCUCUUCAGUGCUUUCUGCGCUCCCUGCCAGGGCCCUCAAGACAUCUGUCGGCAACAUCCUUGACUUUGGAAUGCUGGAGGCACUGCCCCAGGGGACGCCUGGAGGCAAGCACAGCACCGCUGCCUCAGGCCCCACCUGCCAGUUCCUCUGGGCCCUUUUGCUCUCACAGAGCCACCUGGAUCGAAGAAAGCCUGGAAGACAUUAAAUUGAAGAAUUAGUCCCCUAUUUUGCCCCAAAAUUGCAGAGAAAAGCAUUUAUUCAUGCAUUCACUCAUUCAUUUGCUUGACUAGUGUUUCCUGAACACCUAGUAAUUGCUGGGCACAUUGCACUCCAUGUUGGACUGAGAUGGCAAAGUGGUGGUCCUCCUGCCACGUCCUGCCCACAGACCUGUUUUGAAAGCCCAUCCAUUGUCGGGGGGCCGGGGCGGGGGGGGGGGAAUCAAAUGAAUUGCCAGUGAGUAAUCGUUGAGUGACUUCAUUUCCAAUUUCCAGUUUACAUUUCUUCUGGAUUAUUCUACCCUGCUUCCCCUGGCCACAGUUGGUGGAGCUGGCUACUGUCUGCCGGGUAGGAUGGCCCACCCAGCCCACCAGCUGGUCACGGUCCCAUCCCCCACCACUCCACCCCACCCUGUGCCUCUCCUGGUCAUGUCACACAUGAUAGUGUGGCUUCCUAGUUAUGAGCCCAGCCUCAGGAGCCAGACUGUCGAGGUUCAAAGCUCACUGUGGCUUGUGGGACCUUGGGUGUCCCCCUCCAAGCCUCAGAUUCCUCUUGUGUAAAAUGGGAUCACAAGAGCAAGUACCCACUACUCCUGGGGCUCUUGGGGAGAUUGAGAAAAUUUAUGCUAAAUCCUUAAAACUCACAUAAGCCUUGGCUGCUAUCGUUGUUGAAUAAAUGAACCACUUGCAGGCUGAGACCGGGGCUGUGUGUCACAUGGCACCUCUAGGCCUCAGUUUCCUCAGCUGCUUCUUUGGGAAAGCACAUCUGCUCUCUAGGUUGGGCCUCCUCCCUCGUCCUCCAAAGACCUAUUCUUGGGGCCUGGGCCCUAUGAAACCUCUGGCUCUCGGACGCAGCCUGGAACCCCAGAGACGAGGUCAGGCUCCGCGGCCCGCCUCCUGUCGCCCGGCCCCAGGCGGGACUGCCUUGGCAGGCCUCGGGCCGCGAGCUGGAGGCGCGGCUCCCGGCUCGGGGCUCCAGCGGCCGCGCCCCGCCGCCCCUCGGCGUUCGCGCGCAGCCCCUGCGGGGGUGGCCGCCAUCAAAGCGUCUUCUCGUUCUUAUGCUAAUGAUCCCCAUUAAAGCUUAAUGGCUGCGAACGCCCGGGUUUAAUUGCACCUGCCCGGGCCUGAGGCGCGGCCGGCCGCGGAAGCAGCUGCGCGCCGGCCGGGACGGCCUUAAUUACCUGGAAAACGACGCCCGGCGGGGAGGGGAGGGGAUGGGAGAGAAGAGGAGAGCGGCGGGGCCUCCGCGAGGCUGGGCCUCGUCCGCCGAGGCCGCAGUCCGGCCCCUCUCGUCCUCGGGGCGCGGCGCGUUCGUUUCAUUAAUUUAUCGCCCUGCCUCGGCGGAGAUCCGCUCGCCCGCUCCCCGGCGUUCAACCGCGCCGGCUUCGUGCUCCCCCGCGCCGUCCCCCGGCCAUCUUGGGCUUGGCAUUCAAGGCCCUUCGGGACCGCUGCUGCCACUGACCCAAUGCCACCCUGCUCUGCACGAACAAUAAUAAUGGUGGUUGCACAUUACGUGCCAGGCGGUCUUGAGGGUUGAAUGUGACCUCGCAGAGACCCCAGAUGCCUCAUCUCGGCCUUACUCCCCUCGUCUUUAGAAGCUGGUACCUCUGCCUGCAACAAAGACCCCUCUCCCUCCUCGCUCAUCCUCCCUGAAACCCACCCCUGCCCCUCCAACAAGAUGAGCCCCUGUCCUCCUGGAAUGGGAUUGGGGAUGGGUCUGGGCCCUUUGUUGAGGGGUGGGCUAGCCCAUGGUGAAGGUUGUCUGGGUGUGUCCUCCCUCUGGACUGACAUUUCACUGAGGCCAGUCUGCCUGACUGCCCUAUCUCUGUAUGCCCCUGCCAUCUCCCUGGGGAUGGCCCUGGGGUUGUGGGGGCUGCACUGCUGCCCUGAGCCUUCUGCCUAGGCAGGGGGCUGUGAGACUGAUGGGAACCUCAGGGAAACCUUGAGACCUAAUGGUAUUCUCUGUGGGACUUCCCUGUGCUCCUCCCCACCCCAUCAAGUGAUCCUGGGAUAGGCGCCUGCCCCUCCUCUCUCCCUCAUUCCCUUCUCUCACUCUUCUCUUUUUGCAGAGGGAAGGAAAACAGGGAAGAGGGAAUAGACAGACCGCUCAUGCAGUUUUUAGAUGGUCCCCUUUCCCUCCCCUCUCUCUUCCAUGUCCCCUUGUACCCAGCCCCUCUUUUUUCUUUCUUUGAAGACCGCAUCUUGCUUUGUUGCCCAGGCUGGAGUGCAGUGGUGUGAUCAUGGCUCACUGUAGCCCUCAACCCGUGGGCUCAAACAACCCUCCCACCUCAGCCUCCCAAGUAGCUGAGACUACAAGGUGUGCACCACCAUGCCUGGUUGCCCCUCCUUUCUGCCCCUUCCAGUCCCAUCCCACCUCCCUUUGUGCGUCUCAGAGACCAAAGCCUGAAGCAUUGCACAGUGCCCACUGGGAGGCCACCCAGCCUUGGUCCUGCCUGCAAUGCUGAGAGCACAGAGGGGAGUCAGACUUGGGCUCUGCCCUCCAAGGACUCCAGUCGGGGAGGCAGCGCUCGAAAGGAAUACUUGUCCUCUAAUGGAAAAAGGACCAAUUUAAAGGAAGCAGAGAACAGUCUUUGAGCUCAAACUGGGAAGGCUGGGAGAGGCUUCUAAGCUCAGCCUGGAAGGAAGGAUAAGUGUGAGCUAAUUGGCAGGAAUAGCAUUCCAGGUAGGGAAACAAUUGGAGUUCAGCCCUGGCUAGGGCAGAACACUGGCUGACAUGAGGGGAGAGGGAGUAAGGGACAACCACAGAAAAACUGAGCUCACUCCAAAGUGUGGAGGCAUGAGGCUGGAGAGGUGGGCAGAGGGUCCUCUGUUGCCUAGCAACCUUCACUGCCUCCCUAUUGCCAAGAGGACCAAAUUCAGACCCUUCAGUUGGCACAAAAGCUUGUACCACCCACCUCAUCCCAGGACGCAGCCUAUUAUCUUCAGCUGGGUUCCUCACUACCAGGCCAAGCCUCAGAUGAUGAUUGUGAGCCUACUGUAUAUGGGAAGGGGGAAUAAGCAGUGACCCCAUCAGGGCUAAUAGCAGUGGGGCCUGCUGCCCAACUCCAUGCCCCUUCUCCCAUUCUUGUCCCCAGAUGUCCUUGCAGACAAAAUGGAGGUGAAUGGGCAGGCUGCCAGGAGCGUCAGGUGGCAUCACAGCCGGGUAGACAGUCGUCACUGAUUAAUGAGGUGGUAGAAACCUAGAGGGAGGUCCCUACUGGCAUGCCUCGGGGUUCUGCCCUUGCUCUGGUCAAGGCAAGGAAUGAGGCUCACAGGGGUUUAGCACCUCCCUGCCAGGCUAUGUGAAACUCUUGGUAUCCAGUAGUUUAUCACCAGCCAUGAGGUGGCUUCUCUUAAUAUCUCAUUUUGCAGAUGCAGACACUGAGGCCAGUCGGGGUGAGGAGUGAGCUCAAAGUCACUCAUCUCCGAGGUGGCAAAAUUGAGCCUCAAACCCAGGGCUGUGUGACUUCAAAGCCUGUGUUUGUAACUGCGGAGCUGUGCGGCAUCAGUAAUGCAUCUGCUGCUGCUGCCAGACGUGAGGAGGUGGGGCCCUGCCUUUCAACUUCAUCUCUCUGACAGUGGUUAGCACUGUACUUUACGUGUAGUAAGUGCUCAAUAAAUGCUUGUGGACUGGAUGAUUGGGGCAGUAAGCCGUGAGCAGGGCUCAGAAGCAGUGGAGAGGCUCCAUCACUCUCCCUCCCAACCUGCACCUCCACCCCCAGGAGUUGGACAGCGGCUGUAAGGGGACUUGGAGACUCAAGGCUUCCAGGCAGGGAGUGGGCUCACAGGAGGCUAGGGAGGAUCCAACUUCCUGUCCAGGUCAGGGUCACGAGGACAGCCGCGCCCCCUACUGCCCCGCUGGGAGGCCAGGCUGACGUAGGAAGGCUGCACUGCAAGUCAGAAUCAUCAGCAAAACCUGGGGAAUAGAGCGGGUGAAGGUUUCCAUGCAGGGUGGGGACUGCUUUCUGAUCAAGCCCCUAGGCCAAAAACCUUUGGAAGGGACUCUCUGAGGGCAGUGCAUUCUUGCAGCGUCGGGAGCAGGAGUUCUCCCAUAACCUUUUUGGGGUGGGGACCCACCUGUGGCUCUGGAAAGGUGUUGGCUCCGGCUCUGGGGCUCAGGGGGAGGGGGCCAUUGGUGGGCAAAACAAGCAUAGUGAAAACUGAGGCUCAUAGAGGUUAAGGUCACAGAGCAGAGCUGGGUCUGUUUUCUUUUUGUUUCUGUUUUAGUUGCAGCAGGGGCUUGCUCUGUUUGCCAAGGCUGGAGUGCAGUGGUAUGAUCAUAGAUCACUGUAGCCUCGAUCUCCUGAGCUCACACGAUCCUUCCACCUUGGCCUCCCAAAGUGCUAAGAUUACAGGCAUGAGCCUUCAUGCCUAGCUGGGACUGUUUUCAAACUCCACCAACCCCUUUUCUUUUGUUCCAUUCCACUCUGCCCAGAACCUUCGUCUGGCUUCCCAGAGGGCCCAAGUCCUUGUCUUCAGAGGUCCUGGCUGGGGAGCCUUAGAGCAUGGUCUUCCCUCACUCCAGGCUUCUCGGGUCUUCCUAUUGGGGACUGACCGUGGGAGCAGUGAGCCACCGUGCACCAGGGCAGCCCGGCUCCUCGGGGGGUGGCCCAAGCAGUCAGGGCGGCAGGCUUGAUGGGCCAGGGCCUGGGGACUCUGCCAUGGUGGACCAUUGUGCCCUCGCCUGGCUUGCCAGGAAAGUGGAGUGCGUGUGCUCACCCUUGCUUCUGAGGGGCCUUCCUGAGCAGAGGCUGUCCCUGGACACCCAGUGCUGUUGAGGCAGCUGGGGACACUCAGACCAUGGUGGACAAAGACUUGAAGUCUCGUUUCAGCCCUGCACAAGGUGUGACCUUGGCUCCAGCACUGCUCCCUCUGGGCCUGUCUCUUUCUCAGCAGAAUCUGGGACUGGCCACAUCAUCUCCAGGGGUUCUAGCAUUGGACGCCUGAAAGUGGACAACAUGGCAGUGUGAGGGGGCUCUUUGUGGUGGGGUGGUCAGAAUGGCCCUCCAUGUGGGGGGCUCUUUGUCUCCCCAGGGCAGUCCUUAACCACCAGCCAGCCUCCCCAGGCACCUGUGCCGGGCAGUGGGGUGUGUAAAGGCCUGGCACACACGGACAGGAGUUCCGAUCUCAACUCCAUCCUCAUGAGCUCUGUGACCUUGGUGAGUCCCUUUUCUGUGUAGGCUUUAACUCUCAUCUGGAACGUAGGAUAUGCAUAGUCCUGACAUCAGGACGUUACCAUGAGUAGUAAGUGAAACUCCCACUUCAGGUCCUUCGCCUGGUGUCCAGGGCAUGGGAGGAGCUAAUACGUGGCCUCUGCUGCUUGUGUUGUUAUUGGUGGUGGUGUUUGAGAUGUCCUUAGAGAUGUUGGCCAAAGUUUCCAGUUCCCCACCCUCCCAAGCCCGUGGGGAAAUUGUGCUUCCUGGUGGUCUUUGGGUGGGGGACCGGGGGAGGGUCAUGUGACCAGUUGUGGCCCGUGAGGUGUGAGCAGAAGUGACAUGUCCCUUCUAGGCCAGAGCCUUUCAUGGCCAUGAGGAUCCACAGAACUCACUUUCCUCUGGUAGACCAAAGUCAAGGUGGCAACUGCUCAGUGAGAGGGAGCCUCCCUGCUACCCCAGUGGAUGGUAGUGUGAAGGAUAAACCAACUUUUGUUGUUGUGAGCCCUUGAGAUUUGAGAGUUUUGUUACAGCAACAUGGCUAGCAUAUCCUGACUGAUUCUUUAUCAUCAUCAUCAUCAUCAUCAUCACUCAAGCCUGUCCCCCGGCCAGGGGUCCAUCCAGGAGAACAACAGCCAUGGAGGAGACCCGUCAAAAAAUAGAACUUUAUUACCAAUCUGUUUCUAUAAUUGUUUGACUCAUUUUCUCACUCAUUUGUUUGCUUUAUCACCAAUUUCUUUACAUCAUUUAUUCCUUCAAAAACACUUCUUGGCUGGGUGCAGUGGGUCACGCCUGUAAUCCGAGCACUCUGGGAGCCCAAGGCAGGCAGAUCACCUGAGGUCAGGAGUUUGAGACCAGCCUGGCCAUCAUAUAGUGAAACCCCAUCUCUACUAAAAAAUACAAAAAUUCGGUGAGCUGAGAUCGUGCCAUUGCACUCCAGCCUGGGCAACAAGAACGAAACUCCGUCUCAAAAAAAAAAACAGAAACAAAAACAAAAAUGAGCCAGGUGUGGUAGCGCACACUUGCAGUCCCAGCUACUUGCAAGGCUGAGGCAGGAGAAUCGCUUAUACCCAGCGGGCAGAGGUUGCAGUGAGCUGAGAUCGCACCACUCUACUCUGGCCUGGGCGACAGUGCAAGACUCCCUCUCUCAAAAAACAAACAAAAAGGCUGGGCACAGUGGCUCACGCCUGUAAUCCCAGCACUUUGAGAGGCCGAGGUGGGCAGAUCACGAGGUCAAGAGAUGGAGACCAUCCUGGCCAACGUGGUGAAACCCCCUCUCUACUAAAAAUACAAAAAUUAGCUGGGCAUGGUGGCGCGUGCCUGUAGUCCCAGCUACUCGGGAGGCUGAGGCAGGAGAAUCUCCUGAACCCGGGAGGCAGAAGUUGCAGUGAGUUGAGAUCGCACCACUGCACUCCAGCCUGGCAACAGAGCGAGACUCUGUCUCAAAAAAAAAAAAAAAAAAAAAAAGCAACAAAAACCAAACACCACUUGAGCACCUGUUUCAUAGGCCCUGAGGGAGCGCACAGGCCAGCAGGGAGCUGUGGAUCAUUGUGCAGAGCCACGGUACUUGCCCAGAGGCCAGCAGCCCCUAUGGGAUGCUCGGGGUGGGGCAUCAGAUUUGCAGAGCUGGAGCGAGGGAAGGAAUGGCACUUGGGGGAGUGGGUCUGCUGGAGAAAGGCCUACAGGUAACAGGAAGCACUAGGCAGUUGGGUCCGGCCAGCAGAGAUGGGACCGUGUAGUGGCCAAGCUGGAGGGGGACUUUGGUCCCUGGGUCAUGGGGUGUGCAGUGCUCUGCACUGAAUGAUGAGAGGGCAUGCAUAGGUGAAACGAGAGGCCAGCUGCUGAAGGGAGGAAGACCACGUAGGCGGCUGGGCCAAGGAUCCAGGUGGACAAGGGCUGGCAUGGGUCUGAAGAGGAAGAGCAGGGCCAGGGAAAGCCCAGGGCUGGAUGGCCAGUGGUUGUGAGCUGCACCAGCAGCCCGAGGGAGCCGGGGACUGGAUGGGGGUGGCCCUGUGCAGUGACGGGGAAAGUUUGAGGGAUCAGAGUAGAGUUGGGGCACCCGAGCGGCAUCCAGGGGAGAUGUCCAGGAUGUAGGGUGGUGAAUGGACAGGACAUUGAAGUGAGAAUCACCCCUCCUGCCCAUAGACAAACCAUUGGUUUGAGGGUGGGGCCUGCCCUGGGAGCCGGGAAGCACACAUUUCUUCUCUGUGUGGGCUCAGGGGAAAAAAAGAAUUGAAACUCCCACAGGGGAAAAGUUUUUAAAGAUUCCACCAUUGGAAUGCUGGUCUUGUGUAACAGGAAUGUUUUAAUCCAUGCAUUUGAAACACAGUUAUUGAGACCCUACUGUGAACUGGGCUCUGCCCUAGGUGCCCAUGGGUGAGCAGACAGACAGCGAUCUCUGCCCUGGUGAGCUCCUGUCUUAGUGGGAGACAGGCAGCUAAUGACGAGCAAUCUGGGGCAUGCUCCUUAGUCCUAAGCUACUCAGGAGGCUGAGGCAGGCAGAUCGCUUGAGUUCAGGAGUUCGAGGCCAGCCUGGGCUACAUAGCAGAACCCCGCCUCUACAAAAAAUACAUAAAUUAGCUGGGCAUGGUGGUGUGUACCUGUAUUCUCAGCUACUCAGGAGGCUGAGGUGGGAAGAUCGCUUGAGGCCCGGAGUUUGAAUCCAGCCUGGGUAACAUAGCAAGACCUCGUCUCUGAAAAUAACUAAAUACUUUUAAAAAGAAGAUAGAUGUAGUGAGAAAAAAAAGUAGGUGGGGAAGGGGCUCAGGGAUGGGGGAGAUGUGUGCAGUUUUAAAUUGGAGUGCCAGGAAAGGCCUCCCUGAGAAGGUGACAGGUGAGCAAAGACUCGAGGGAGGUCAGUGAACCUUGCAGUGUCAAAGGGAAGGGCAUUGCAGGCAGAGGGAAUAGCAGUGCAAAGGUCCUGAGGCAGGAACGUGUUUCCAUGUUGCAAGAACAGCAGGGGAGCCACUGUGGCUGGAGGGGACUGAGAGAGGGGAGAGGGUUCCUGGAAGACUGUUUAUUUGAGACAGGGUCUCACUCUGUCACCCAGGUUGGAGUGCAGUGGCAUGAUCUCAGCUCACUGCAACCUCCACCUCCCAGGCUCUAGUGGUCCUCCCACCUCAGCCUCCUGAGUAGCUGGGACCACAGAUGCGUGCCACCAUGCCCUACUAAUUUUUUGUAUUUUUGGUAGAGACGGGUUUUUGCCAUGUUACCCAGGCUGGUCUCAAACUCCUAAGCUCAGGCAAUCCACCUGCCUCAGCCUCCCAAAGUGCUGGGAUCAUAGGUGUGAGCCACCGUGCAGGCCAGACUCUAGCUUUCAUUCUGAGUGAGCUGGAGACUGCAAGAGGCAGGCUCCAAGCUGACUUACUAUCUCACAGGCUCCCUCGGGAGUUGAGGGGGCCAGACAGAGCUUGAAGGGGAGUAGAAGGCUCCUGGAGGCUCUGGCAGACCUCAGAAGCUGCAGCCACAUCGACCAAGCUGACCCCACCCACCAUCUCCAAGGAAUGGGGUAAUGGGUACCCCAGGCCUCUCAGGUCUCUGCCUCUGCCAUGCUCCUCCUCCUUCCUCCUGCUGCCACCCUCUGAUGGUGCUUCAGCCUGUGCCAUUUUUCUUGGUCCUCUCCAAGUGUAUAUUGACCCUGAGGUGGCAGCAGGAGGGGAGGCAGGCCCCCUCCCCGGGAGGAGACCCCCUUGAUGAACUCUGAGAAGCUGGUUGCUUAGCAAGCCCUUUUUUCUCCAACAAUACUUGUGCUAAUCAGCCUAGAUUGAAUGAACAAGGAAUUGGCUUUUGCACCUUCCUGUCCUCUCUUCUCAUAUGUAUAUAUACACACACACACACACAUAUAUAUGUACAUUUUUUUCCCUUAGAGACAGUCUCACUAUGUUGCCCAAUCUGGAUUCAAAGUCCUAGGCUCAAGCAAUCCUCCUACCUUAGCUUCCUGAGUAGCUGGAACUACAGGUGUGUGCUAGAGUGCCUGGCUAGGGACUCCAUUCUAGAAUCAUGGAAUCUUAGGGGUCCCCUGGGUUGCAUCUUGACUCAGUGAGUGAGUGGGUUACUUUUUCACAUCCCUCCUUGUACACCUCCUGUGACUCCUGGCAGCUCACUCUCUUUCUAGCGACUGAGGGCCUCUGGACAAGGUGAGGGGGACAGAGCAAUGGUCCAGAAGUUAGAAGACUGUGGUCCCAGUCACAGGCUGGGCACCAUAAGUGGACACCAUAACUGACCCAUCCUCCUUUUGUGCUCAAAUGCUGCAGUUCAUCCGGAAACAACCAAAACAUUCCAGCUUCACAGCUGCCAGGGUUUGGAGUUGAACCCUGUGUCCCGUGCUCCUGCCACCCCUGCUCCAGGCACAAAGGGAACAGUUCGUCAGUCCACCACGGGCCUUUCCUAUCCUCAGUUGCAGAGUGGGCCAGGACAUGCCACUUUACAGAUGGGAAGACUGAGGCCCAGAGAGUGGAAGGGAAGGAGAGGAGCCCAUUCCAGGCUCCCGGCCUGGGAUUUUUCCCAUAUGCUCCAGCAGCCACCCGGGGACCAUCAUUAUGACAACAAUGAUGACUGAUGGAGGGCCUAGUGUGCCGGGCACUGUGCUGAGAGACCCCAAGGAGGGCGUAGCAUCUGUGUCCACAGGAGGAGGCUGUGAGGCUGAGAGUACCUAGGGAGAGCAGAGCUGGAGCUGGCUGGGCUCUGGCCACGCGGCUUUGCUGUUUGCUGUCUGUUGUUUGCUGUAUCAAGGGGCGAUACUCAGGCGGGCUCCUCUCAGUCUCUCUUCUUUGGUCUCACCUCUACUCAGAAAAGCCCUUUGCUGGCCCCCAAAUACUCCUACCCCGACUCUCUUCUCCACCCCUCCAGGCUCCCAAGGCCCCUGCCUGCCUCGGCCUCCCUGCUGGGUUGACCACAGUCAGUCCUGGCUGGAAGCUGACCCUCUCCACAGCUGCCCCAAAAUACAUGUCACAGUGGGGCAUUUGCAGUUCCAGCCUGGGCAGCUGCCUGCUAGGUCUCUUUCCUGUCCUUCCCUGGGUCUGCCCCCAGGCCCCUGGCCUCAUUCUGGUCCUGAGCUCCCUUCUCUGGGCCAAGGAGCUGCUGGGCCUCGGGGAGGGGGAACCCCAGCACUAGGUCCAAAGUGAUGUAGCAGGGCCACUGUCUGUGCCGGGGCCUGGAGCUUUCCUCUGAACCUUAAGGGGCCCCCAGAUCAGCUCCGUGCGGGCCUGGGGUGCAGCUUCCAGAAUCUUGGAAACCUGUUUUUCAUGGAGCCAGAUAGAAUGAGCACCCAGGAGGAGGCAGUUCCAAGAGCUGGUGCUUCAGGAGGAAACCUGCACAGCAGACAGGCGUGCGCACAUUCCUAGAUGCUAGCCCUGUGGCGGCGCACCUCACGCUCAUCACAGUACACGGACAUGCUCACCUGCCCACCAUGGGUGGUCAACCCUUGGACACCCACACACCUCUCACACCCUCACACACACACUCUGCACCACUCGCCCAGCCCCGGCCACGCUCAUGUCAGGAUUCUGAAGACCUCGAGCACACACAGACACGCACCUGGUCACGUGCACUUUCACACACACUUGGCACCAGGGUGGCAGCAGCGGAGGUGACUCAGAAGCCUGCUUUUCACAGAGAAUCAGAACCCAGAGGGGGCUUUAGCCACAAAAAAAGAGCAUUUCAAGGAGAAGGGCUGCCUGCGUGCCAAGCACACGCCCCUCACCUACCCAGGACCCCUUGUGGGAGCUGAGCCACAUGGAGACCCCGGGGUACCCAUCCCACCCUCCAACAUCCAUCCCUACGUGGAUAUACGGCCACAGUUGCAGCUGCGGCCAUGAGGAGGGGUUUUUGCUCCUUUUUAGCAGUGCUCCAUCCCCUACCCCAGAGUACAGGGAGCUGCCCAGAGACCCUCCUGGCCCCGGGGGCCUGUGAGUCAGAGGCUGCCAGUGGUGGCCUUUCGGCUGUUGCUGGGGAAAUGGCAGCACAGUGGCCACCAAGACUAGGACUCCCUGGGGAGGCCCUGCUGGCCCUGGCACUGGUGGCUUGGCCUCACCCAGCCCCACCUGGCAGAUGUGCCCCUUGUGGCUACCCAAGGACUUGCCCCCUCCUCAUUUCAGAGGUGGAGAAACUGAGGUAAAAAAGUGGAGACAGCCAGGGCACCCCUCCCACAAGGCCCUGCCUCAUUUGAGACAGAGCCCUCUGGGAAGCCUAUGCAUUCUGUAGGUGGGGACCUUUGGGGCCAUUUUUUCCAGAGGCCCAGAGAGGGCCGUCUUCUUGCCCAAGGUCACACAGCAAGUUCAUGGCAUAAGCUAGCCAGCCUCGUACUCCAGAGCUCUCCUGAGGGCCCCCAUGUGUCUGUGCGGGGGUGUUGAUGGGGGGCAGGUGGGAGGGAGGAGGUAGGGCUGAUUUGUUUCCCAGCCUCCUCCCCCUCCCCUGCUCCCUUCUCUCCCUCACACGGUUUGUUUGGAGAAUGACUCACAGGAAUGCAGCAAAAUCCUGAUGGAUGGGAAGGCAGGGCCGCAGUACCCGGAAAACCUCUCCAGGGUAGGGAGGCGGGGCUGAGCCUUGGGGCCUGAGAGGCUGGUGAUAGGGGAGCCCUGCGUACAGGUGGGGCGACUGAGGCCCUGGAAGAACUCUGGUCACGUCCUGGCUGGGGGUUGUCCCUCCUCGGCAGAAACACACAGGCCCUGGCUGCCGCAGCACCCCUGGAGCACCCGUCCCCCAUGAUUUCCAUCUUUGUGUCCCCGAGGCAUCUGGUGCACUGUAGAUGACAAACACAUGCAUUUUGGCACUGAGUGUGACCCAAGUCAGACCCUCCUGUGUGUGCCCUGUCCCCCAGGUCCUCCCAGCUCCCCGGAGUUGGGGGGCGGGUGCUUGCCAUUCAGUCCUUUCAGAGGCAGCUAAGGGCCUACGGCGUGCUGGACACUGCCAGGGGCUGGGGAGGCUGGGAUGGAGCUGGAGGGAAGUGGGAGGUGUACACGGGAUGGACACCUCCUGUGUAUGUUCCAAAUGUGCUGGAGGCCUCAACAGGUCUUGGUACAAGGUGAGGCAAACCUUAGAGGACCUAGGAUGAAGUUUCAGGUAAAGGAACAGUGGCUGUAAGGGCUCCCAGAAAGUGAAGGGACCCUGGGAAGGUCCCAGUCUUUGAAUAAAGGUGGGUGGGACCUUAUUGGUAGCUUGGGGCAUUAGGGCCCAGAUAUCAGGCAGCAGCAUGAGGUGAGGCCCGGGCUCUGUCCCAGGGCAAGCCCUCCUCCUGCGCACCACAUCUGGGGCCUCCGAGGAGGGACAAAGCAUUCAACUCCCGGGACCUGUGGGUGGGAAUGUCCCCAGGCCCAGCCCUUUAGUGCCUGCUGAUGGCUGUCACGCGGUGUCCGGCCCUGAUGACCAGAUAUGUGUUUUCAAGAGAAGCUGGAAUUUGGAUUUUUAUGUGAACUCUCCUGAUUCUCAAAUGCUGGCUCCGUUAACAAAAGGCACAGUGUGGUUUAAACCACACAUGUCCACAGGCAGAGGACCACCAGUUUCUAAUGUCUGCACUGUGGGGCGCUUGGGUUUUUGCAUUUGGUUCUUUUACAUUCCUUAUUUUAUUGGAAACAGCCCAAAUAGUCACUGAGCUGCAACUCCGUGCUAGGUGCCGGGGCUCUAUCAGCGAAUAAAACAACAUGUGACGGAGCUGCCAUUUUAGUGGGAGAAGACAGUGAAUAAACAUAUAUCGGUGAUAUGUGUUAGGAAGCAAAUGGAAGCAGGGCUCCAGAACAGAGAGCGGCUGCAAGGCCAAGCCCACAUUUGGGUGGAAGGGGCAGCUAGUGCAAAGGCCCUGAGGUGGGGCUAUGCUAGGUGUGUUAGAGGCCUGUGUGGCUGCAGCGGGAGUGGGUGGGGAAGUGGGAGGAGGUGAGGUCAGAAGGUAGCAUAGGUCAAAUGGCAUAGGAGACUGUGGGCUGUGGUAUAAGCUUGGUUUUAAGUCUUAUGUGAGGUGGGAGCCAUGGAGGAUUCCUAGGGAGGGAGGGUCAGGAUCAGACUUGGUUUAACAGGCUCUGUCUGGGUGUUGUAAGGGCUGAGUGGGGCAAGGAUGGGCCUAGGAGGCCCAGAAGGGGCUAUUGCACUUGUCUGGCUGAGUGAUGAUGGGGCCUGGACAGGAUGGGGGCAGUCACCAGAGGGUGACCUGAGGAAACUGUGGUCAAGCCUCUCCAUGGUGUAAACAGUAAACACGAUACUGAUUCUAAGGACUUGGUAGUAACAUGGAAAUGGUGACUGUGUAUAAUGCUAUGUGAAAAUAGGAUUAGAAAAUUGUACAUUAAAAACACACCAGCCCAGAUGCAAAAGGCUGCAGAUCAUAUGAUUCCGUUCAUACGAAAUGCCCAGGACAGGCGAAUCCAGAGAGACAGACAAGAGGUGAGCAAUUGCCAGGGGCUGGGGGUGGGGAAAUGGGGGGUGACUGCCUAUGGGAACAGGUUUCUUUUUGGGAGGGGGAUGAAAAUGUUCUGAAAUUAGGUAGCAGUGAUAGUUGCACAACUUCAUGAAUAUACCAAAACCCUGAGUUGUCCCCUUUAAAAGGGUGAAUUUUAUAGUGAGUGAAUUAUACCUCAAAAAAAAAAUUUUUUUUUAACGCAUGUCCAGAUUUCUAACCAAAAUUGGAUGCACAUAGAAAACAUUGCAAGGAGCUGGGCGUGAUGGUGCCUGUGGUCCCCACUGCUUGGGAGGCCAAGGCAGGAGAAUCACCUAAGCCCAGGAGUUCAAGACUAGAGCCUGGGUGAUAUAGUGAGAUCCUGUCUCUAAAUAAUAAUAAUAUAGGCCAGCUGCAGUGGCUCAUGCCUGUAAUCCCAGUACUUUGGGAGGCCGAGGUGCACGGAUCACCUGAGGUCAGGGGUUCGAGACCAGCCUGGCCAACAUGGUAAAACCCCAUCUGUACUGAAAAUACAAAAAUUUAGCGGGGCGUGGUGAUACACGCCUGUAGUCCCAGCUACUCAAGAGGCUGAGGCAGGAGAAUCACUUGAACCCAGGAGGUGGAGGUUGCAGUGAGCCAAGAUCUUGCUACUGUACUGCAGCCUGGGCAACGAGAGCAAAACUCCAUCUCAAAAAAUAAAUAAAUAAUAAAAAUUUAAAAAGAUUGUAAGGAAAUAUUCACAGUAAUUGUCAUAGGGUGAAGGGGAUUCUGGAUUUUGUUUGUUUGUUUUCUGUGUACUUUUCAAUUUUUAAAACUUAAAAGUAGGCAUUUCUCUCUAAAAUCAUAAAGACUUUGUGACUAGGGCCAGAGAUGGGGGAUCCACUUGGAGGGGCUCAGCCUCUCUCUCCAGCCCUUGUGGAUCCAUCCAGCUGCAUGGCUUUCACGUGGGAGGUUGGGAGCAGGAGCUUGCUCUGGUCCGCGUCUCUGACCUUCUGGAAUUCCAUUCCUGCUCACAUGGCCUUGGUCAAGUCACAGGACCAGAGAUCCCAGUGGCCCUCCCCUGGAGAGUGUUCCAGCCGCCCACGAUGCCUCCACCCAGAGGCUGCCCCGUUCUGCUUGCAUGCCUUCAGCCGCAGGUUGCUCACCACCUCCCGAGCAGCUCCCUCCUUCCAUUUCUGGGCAGCCCUGCCUGCUAGCAAGCUCUUCCUUAUAUGGAGGUGAAAUCUGUCUUCCUGUUGCUUCCUCAGCUCCCUCUCUGAACCCCAGUUUCUGGGUCUGCAGAAGGGGGCUCCCAGGCCUCUCCCUGCCUACCUUGGCCACUGGGAGGUUCUGAAGAGACUGGAGGACCAGCAGCCCAGAGCCUGUGUCGGUGGUCAUUCAGCUCUCGGGACAAAGCGUGGGUGGGCCUGUGCCCUGGUGGCAUAACCAAGUAGGAUUUCCACAUUCAGUGUCUAGGCCAUCGCUGUGAAAUUGGAAUUUGAUACUAAUCCUGGAGAUUGAAAACUCAAACCUCUCCAUAGGCCAGGAGGGAAUGAUAAUCAUCAGUGCUAACAUUUACGGAGGGCUUGUGGCGUGGCCAACUCUGAGUGACGUUUAUGCACUCAUUUCUAUUUAUCACCAGCAAAUCCCGGGCCCUGCUGUUCUUCCCCAUUUUAAAGGUGAAAAACCUGAGGCUCAGAAACGUAACGGGAAGCAGCUGGGUGCGAGCCUCCUGGCACACAUUGUGGGAGUGCUGUGGGUCGAAUAAGGAAGCUGAGCAGCAGGCAGCCUCUCCCCUGCAGAAGGGCACAGAAGCAGGACUGGAAGGAAAUCCUGGUUGUGGGCUGAGCUCGGGCUAUCCACUUGUCGUGGUGGGUGAAGGGUCUGGUCCGCAGGUCUGCUCUCCAAGCUGCCUCGUUGCAGGUGCUGACUUUGGGAGGAUUCUCCUUGUCUUAGCCUAGGAGCUUUCUUGCUCAGCUUGGGGAGAGAGGUAGUAAUGUUGCCUUCCACCUCAUGGACUUCCCAGUUUAGAAUGCUGCUUCCCAUCCCACCCACAUCACCCUCUGUUAGGUAAGCAGGAGCAGAAAUGCAAUCCUUCAUCUCAGCUCUGGAAACUGGGGUUCAGAGAGGGUUUAGAACUGCCCAGGGGCACAGAGCCAGGACAGGCCCAAGCCAGGAAUUGCACUGGGGGUGAGCAGGGGAUGCCUUUCCUGGCUUAAGGUAUGUGGGAGGCCAAGAGCCAUCAUUUUUCCCAAUCCUCUCCUGGAGAGCCAGGGGACAUCUGAAGCCAGGGGCUCUGCCUGUUUCCUCUGCACUGUCCCUGUGCUGGGCUGCUCUGAGUUGGGCACUGGUGUGGAAGGUAAAUAAGCAGCCCCAUGACAAGCUGUGAGACCGGGCAGUGGUUUGGGCUCCACCCAGGCCCAUGCCUCUCUCUUCUGCUUGCAGAGCCUCAGUGUCUGCAUCUCUCAAAUGGGCUAAGGACACUCACCUCAGAGGAUGACUGAGAGGAUUCCAUGUGGGGUGCUUGGCAGAGUUAGCUCCAGCUCUGCAUGCCACCCCCUCCCAUGGUGCAGCCACCUGGGUUCCACCAGGGUAUUCUGGGAUGACACCAGACCGGGAGGAGAAGUGCGAGGAGUGAUGUGGUCAUUGGCGUCUUUCCUCUGCCUCUGCCUCCCCCGGCCCCUUCCAUUCACAUGGUAGAAAUUCAGAUAGCACAGCAGCAAGUGUCCCUCCCGCUCCUGACCUUCCAGCAGUUUCUUCUCCAUCCUUCCAGGAGUGAUUUCCACAGAUUCAGAUGCCCCCCGGAAAGGGCUUUCCAUUAAAAGUUUCCCCUGGACUCAUUCUGGCCCCAGAGAGGCUGUGCCCGAUCCGAUCCUCGCCCCUUUGCGGGUGUGAACUUGGAGGCUGUGAGAGGGCCAAGUUGCCCCUGGGAAUCGUACAUAUUCUGUUCCACAUCCUCCUCCUGUUGUCCGUUCCGUGCCCUCCUAUGUCAGGAGUGGAGGGGUGCUGGAAGGCUGUGCAACACACUGUUACCCAUUUUGCAGAUGACAAACUAUGGCGGGGGGAAUGGGUUUCCCUUAGCAGAGAGGGAAUUGUCCAAGUCAUGCCAAAGACUUAAGGGCAUGUCAUAGCCAGCUUGAGUCCAGGCAGGAGCUGUAGCCACCAGUCGGGACAAAGUCAGGGGACUUGAGAGGUCUUCACCCAGCUGCGGCCAGGAGAAGGCCUGGAGGGAGCAUCCCUGCUGCCAUCAAGUCCAGGGAGGGCAGAAGCCCAUGGAGCUCUGAGCUGAGUUGGGAAGUGGCUGGAGGGGUCACUUGUGGGGUGGUUAAGCCACCCAGAGAUACCCAUGAGCCCUGGGGCCAGGGAACAAAAGAUGUGUGAAGGCAGGUGACUGACACUUGGGUGUGUGUGGACUUCUACAUAGAGAAAUCUCCGUGUUCUUGCAUGUGCAUGUGUCAUUUAUAUGUAUACAUGUGUAUAUGUGUAUACAUCUCUGCAUGUAGCUGUGUGUGUAUGUCUAUAUGAUUGCAUGAGUGUGUGUACACACAGAUGUAUAUGCCCAUGUUUCUGGAUGUGUGUGCCCAGCCUGAGGGGGGGACAGGGUUCUGUAUGUGUGUGUGCACACGUGUCUGUGUGCAUGUGUAUGUGGUUUUGUGUCUGUUCAUGUGUGUGGUGCCUGUGUGUCUGAGUGCACAUUGUAUGGAGGGUCUGGGGGCUGCGUAUGAGGUAACUGUGUGAUUCUGUCUGACUCUGGGUGUGUUUUGUGUUGGGUGUGUCUACGUGUGUGUCUGGCCCACAUAUGCUGGCCCAGGGCAGGAUGGAGGGGCCUCCUGUGUGGUGCUGCUGGACUCUGUUGUGGUCACCACGGCCCCGUGGGCUUAGCGUGGGGCACUGGUGGGGCUGAUGUUGCCACUUAACCUCAGGGUGGGAUGGCAUGGAGCGGGCCCAUCCCGAUGUCCCUGGGUGGCCUGGUGGAAUGUGCCCACGGGAUGCCCACCACUGGGGGACCCCACCAGUGUUGGGGCUGAGGCUUAGGCUGUGGCAGGCUCAGAGGUCCGUCUAUAGCAGUGGCUAGAUGUCUGUGCUGGGGCCUGUGCCUGAGGUCAGAAGUCCAUUUGUGGAAGAGGCUGGGAGUCAUUCUGUUGCUGGGAUUGGGGAGGGAUCACAGGGACCAGGGUCAAGAGUCAGAAUGUGGCUGCUGCCAUGGCUAAGGGUCAGUCUGUGGCUGCAGUUGCAGAUCAGUCUGUAUGGCACAGAAGACAGGUUAGGCCUCAGCCACACCACUGUCCCCAGCCCCUUGGUGGCUUCCUGGCCCAGGGGUAAGUUUGAGCCCUGGGAACAAGGGGCAGAGAGAAGAAAGCGCCUGUGAGUCCUGCUACCAAGCAGGCCUGGGCCCAGCUGUUCCCAUGGCCAUGGCAGAGAACCCCAGCCAGCCCAAUGUGUCCAGAGUGUGUGGCUUCAUUGUAGCCAGGAACCAAGGGUGCCCAGGACCGUGCCAGGGUGAGCAGGACAGUGCUUCCCAAGUGAGACUGAGAGAAGACCCCUGCCUGCCUCUCAGUGCAUUUCCUCAGGCACCCUCUGGUGCCUAGCCCUGUGGCUCUAUAACCCUCCUUCUCUCUUCUCCUACCCUUCUUUCCCCUCUCCUUCAUCUGCUGUCAUCCUCCCCACUCCCCAAUCUGUCUUCCUUUGCAGCUGCCCUGUCCUCUCUUUCCCCCAGCCAGCCUCCUGCCCCCCACCUGGGCCCUCUGAACCCCAGGGCCUUGCCUCUUUUAAGUUCAGCAGAUUUGACUUCACUCAGACGCUGGCGCUGAGGAAGGAAGAUGAAUACCCAUAGUCUGGACGCCCCAGGAGAAGGAGGCUGCAUGGAGGCCCAGUCACAGGCCUGCAGGCGGGGGCCGUCUUCCUGGAGCCCAUGUCCAGUGAAGGGUCCACAGCAGGGGUCAAGGGGGGCUUAGACUCGGAUUCUGCCCUGUUUGAGCCUGAAGCUGCACUGACCUCAUGGGAUGGCCUCCUGCAGUCAAGUAGGGAAGGAUGGACAGACACACAGAUGACAGGGAAAACUACAGACAGAAGAGAUCAAAGGUCGUUCAGAUCAAAAGCAGGCAGAAGACGCCUCGGUCUUGGCCCAGCACCAGCAUUCCUGUGCAGACCCCAGCCCAGGGCAGAGACUGAGAUGUACUCCCUCUCCCCUCUCCCCCCGCUUCCCCUGGUCGGGAGGUGGCCACCAAGGCAAGCCUUCUGCCGUCACUCCAGCCAGAACCUGCAUGGGUCGGGGUGGGUGGGCCAGAUUAGCCUCCAUCCUGGAAUCAGGGGAGUGGGGACACUGAGGGGACAUUCAAAUGUUUGGAACAUUUGAAAAUGUUCCAAAAAUGUACGAGAACUUGGAUCUCUGUACUCCCGAUGCUCUCCACCCCCAUCAGCUAAAAUAUCAAGCUCUUUGCUUUCAAAGAAAAGCAUUUUCUCGAGUGUUUUGCUCUCAGUUUCACAUGGUAGCCCCAGCUUGCUCAGGAAGUGCUUGGCGUUAGAGGGUUUUGAUGGGGGAGAAAAGGGAACAGGGCUGUAGUUGUUGAAGGACCAUGCCAGCCCCAUGUGGGCAGGGAUGCCUGUUCUGUUCCCUGCUGUCCCACAGUGCCCUGAACAACGCCUGGAACAUGGUGGGUUCCAUAAACGUAUACCAAAGGAGAUAUGUGUGGGCAGUUGGUCUGGGAGACAAAACCGGAUCCAUGGGGGCAGGAGGGCUGGCAGCUGCAGACCUGGAUCAACAUGCUCAUAAAAAGGGGAUAUUAAGGCUGGGAAACUGGGAAGGUGACUGGGGUAGAUGACCCCCUGCUGACUCAGACAGGGCAUAGCUCCUGGUACAGUCAUUAAAAAUAGGGCCUCUUCAGCAGUUUCCAAAGUACCACAUUGGCAUGAAGGGCAUUAAUGUGUUGGAGCAGGUACAGUGGAGGCUGAGGAGGGGCAGGGUUCCUUCCUGAGGCAUUUGCUCUCCCACCAGCCCCACUAGCAUGAAUGGCAGAUCCCAGCAGCCGCAUCCAUCCUUCUUGCAAGUUGCUCAGGCAAGAUACAUCAGUGAAUCCUGCUAACCCUGCCUUCAUAAUAAAUCCAAAAUCCGACCCCUUCUCAUCGGCCCCACCCUGGCCAGGCCUCAUCAUUGCCCACCUGGACUAGUGCAGGAUGCAGGCUUCUGUGCUCCUGCCCUGGCCCCACAUCUGCCCUCUUCACAGGGAGAAACUCUGACCACCCAAGGGAAAGCGUGUCCCAUCCCUGCUCAAAACACUGCAGAAGUGCCUCAUCUCGUUCAGUCUAAGAGCCAAAGUCCCUACAACGGUGUGUGUGCAAGCCCCUGUAGGUGUGGCCCCCCGUCCUCUCUGCCCACAUCUCUUUCUGCUCACUCCCCUCAAGCCACACUAACCUCUUGGCCAUUCCUCAAAAAUCCCAGCCUGGCUGCUGCCUCAGGGUCUUUGCACUUGUUCUUCCUUCUGCCUGCACAGCUUUGCCCCCAGACAGCUGCAUGCCUCACGUGACCUUUGUCUGUCAAGUGUGUUCUCAAAUGCUCUUAAGUAUGAGCUCUGACCACUCAGUGUAGAAAAACAGCCCCUGCAGAUGCUCCCAGCCCGCUUCCUUGGCUUUAUUUAUUUUUCCAUAGCACGCUUCACCUAAGGUAACAUACUACAUCAUUUACUUAUUCAUUUUGUUUCUUGUCUGUCAAGACUAGAAUGAAAGCUUUGUCUCAUUCCUUGCUCUGAAUCCUCAACACAUAGAAUGGAGCCUGGCAUCUAGUAGGUGCUCAGUAAAUAUGUACCAAGCCAAUGGAUGCAUACUUUUGCCACCUUCAAGUUACGUGACUGGGAGCAAGUGCAUUUCCUGGAGCUCAGUGAUCCAGUCUCUCAAAUGAGGGUGACUGAUGGGGUGGGGGGAGAUACAUAGAGAUUUGAAGUUGCUGCCCCACUACUCAAUAAACAUGUGGAAUAGAUGUUAAAACCUGGCCCACAUCUGACCUCAGGCCUGCAGGCUUCCAGCGUGAGGCUUACCAGACCAGGGCUGAGCUUGAAUGCGACUUCUGGGGGUCUUAGUGUACCAGCCUGGCCUGAUGGGCCUCCCCGUCCCUUGUUUCCACCUGGGUGUCCCUGGUGGCCUGUCAGUGAGCCUUGCCCUUGGCUGGCUUCAUUGCCUGCAUUCCCUAGGACCCUGCUUAGAGUCCCCAGCCCUCUACCCACCCUGCCUCUCUGGUCAACAGCUCCUGUUUACUAUUUAGCUCUGGAAUGGCAUCUGGACACACACUUGCAUGAAAGCAGCUAUUGAGAUAGUGCUUGGCAAACAAAAGGGCUGACAUGUCCAGACCUAGGUUCUCCAGAACACAGCCUCACCUCACCAGGAAGGACUGGGCCCUUUAAAACCUGUGAGCACCCCUACCAUCCCAGCGAGGAGGGAGGAUCCUAAUUCCCCUGGGGCAGACUCUUGGUGAAAGGUGAAAUCAGAACCUAGGGAGCAGGAAGCCUGCCAGCCAGGCAGCCUCCUCUGCUGGUGUUCCAGUAACAUUUGUGGGUGCUGGGUGCUGGUUGCUGGCACCAUGAUCCCAUGGAAUCCUGCCAGUAGGGUCUGAUGGAGUAAGCAAGGCUUUGGGGUCCAUGCACACUUAGGUUUGAAUUGUGAGGUUGCCACUCCAUUCUGCUGCACUGCCACACGCCAUGCACUGUGCUUGGUGGAGGUGAGCAAAGAAUCUUGAAAUUGAGAGUCGGAUGGGAUCCGAUUGUGUUGCUGUGGUCUUGGCAAGUUCUUUGCAGGCUCUCAGCCUGGGUUUCUCCUCUAGGGGAUGGUCAGAUCCUGACCUUGGGGUACUGUCUUGUGACUCUCCAUGAUACCACUUGUGGAAGGGCCCUGGCCAGGUCAGGGUUUCCAUCACCCUCUGGCAGAUGUGAAUGGCAGCCCUGCUGAAUCAAGACCCCUCCGUACCACUGCCCCAGGAGCUCCAGGGAGUCCCCAGGGAGCCAGGGAACAAGAGAGGCCCCUGGAACAAAUGACAGGCUCUGCCCUUUUUUGAGAUAAGCCACCCACCACCAUCCCAUCCCUCUACACCCAUCCCCAGAAUCUGGAAUCUGUGAAGGGUACUCACUGAGCGACCUGGAAUCUGUGAAGGGUACUCACUGAGCGACCUCAGGUGAGUCUUCCGACAUGUCCUGGCCCUGAUGUUCUCCAUGCUCCACCCCACCCCCAUUUUAUCCAGGGGAACUGUUGGCUCAAAGAAGAGAAAACUUGGGCUUGGUCAGGCUUAUGGGAGGAGGGCUUGGUUUAACUUCAUUCUUCCAUGCAUUCACUCACUCAUUCAUUGAACAAGUGCUUAUGGAAUGUAUACCAGGAACCAUUCCAAAUACGGAAGAUACACCAAGGAACAAACAGACAAAAAUACCUACCAGAUACAUAAAUAUGUAAAUUACAUGGUAUAUUAGAAGGUAGGGAACAGCAUUCCAGGCAGAUGGAUCAACAAGUGCAAAGGUCCUAAGGUGAGAGUGUGCCUGCUGAAUUCAGGAACUGCAAGGGGCAAUGUGGUGAGUGGGGCAACAGGCUGGGACUGAGGGCAGGAGUUGGUGGGGACCUGAUUGUGUGGGCUGUCAUCAACCACCUGGGGGACUUUCUCCUCCUCAUCACUCAGAAACUGAGGAGGGAAGGGAAGACAUUCCAGCCAAGUUGGUGAUCCCCAGCGGGCAUUUGGGCUUUUCCGUUGCCACCUUAAUGGUAUACACAAUGCGCAUCUCCUGGUUCACUCAGCAGCCUCAGGACUGAGUGACCCUGGUCCCCAAGACAGAUAUUGAAGACAGAGACUAAGCAGCCUGACAUUUUAAAUAUGGGGAGCCCCGAGUGGGGCGGGGCUGCCCAGGACCUUAGGGAUUCACUUCUGGUAGGGAGGGCUGCUACCAGGCUUCAGGGAAUGCCAGAAAAAAGGUGCCCGAGGGCCACCUGGCAUGUAAUGAUGGGCAGGGUUAGCUGUAGGAUGUAUAGAGACUUUAGUAUGGGCAGGGUUGGGGGUUAGUAGGUGGAGAGGGGAGAUUGGGACAUCAUUGAGCAGCAAAACCCAAGUGUUGACAGGUGGUCGGUGUGCUCCUGCCAGAGCAGAGGGGCCUGAGUAGGAGGAAGUGGAGGUGGAGGCCGAGGAGAAUGAGACAGACAGACUCACUGGCCAGCGGGAAAAAGUGGUGGGACGAGCCAGGGCUGACACAUCUGUGUGAUCCCUGGUGCAGUAACUCCGGUAGAUGGAUGGACACGUGGAUGGAUAGAAAGGUGGGUGGAUGCAGCGACGGAUGGAUGGAUGAAUGAAUGAAUGAAUGCAUGCAUGCGUGGGCGGUGAGCGGCCGGGAGAGGGGCGGGCCAGCUGAGCGCUCAAUCACAGCCCCGGGGCUCGGCGCCCGCCAGCUGCACUCAGAACCCCCCUCACCGUGGCCCUGCCCUGGGGCGCCUAAUUACGUGCCCCCAGGGCUCUGGAGCGGCUGCUGGGACUGCAGCGAAGAGGGGCCCGCGCCACCUCCGCCAGGCUCCACGCGCCGGCCUUGAGCGCGCUCCCCUCGGCCGCCGGGAAACCUAGAGGCGCGGUUUGGCCCCAAGGUCCCCGGUCCCGCUCUUCUUUGUCUCGGCCUAGUUCUCGGCUGUCUCCGGGCCGCGACCCACCUCUCCUGGCGGUCCUUGCCGCAUGCUUCUGUGCUGCCCCAGAAUCAUCGAGUCUCAGUUCUCGCUGCCUUCCCGGCCAGUAGGCGUCUCCCCCAGCUGGGGAGGGUCCCCCAAACCCUGUGCUUCUAGGACCGCGGGGCCGGCAAGCGGCAGGAUCUCCAAGCUGCGUCUCUGAUGCGGCGAGGGGAGGCGCGCGAUGAAGGCCCCCCUCUUCUCCGCCUUCUCUCUACGCCCCACCGCUACUACACGUCGCGCUGCGCCGCGACCCCGGCGCUGCCUGUUGGCGCCUUAAGCGGCUCUUCUGCCGCGGUGCGAUCCCCGACGCCAGGAGGACUAACCCCCACCCGCCAGGCCUCAGACCCCACGCAGAUCCAGCCACACACGCAACCGCCUGCAGAUACCCACCACAGCCCUUUAAGUUAACCCAAAGCCCCGCACAGGCGCACUGCCCCUACAUGCGCAGCCCCACGGCCCCACACACCCACAAGCCCACUCGCAAACAGGCCCACAUGGCCACACAACUGCCCUCUGGACACUCAGCCCCACGCAGGCACAAUCCCAUAUACACACAACCGCACACAGGCGCAAUCCCACCCACGCAGUACCUCACGGAGUCACACAACCCCCCUAUAAACAAUCGCACAGACACAGCCCCACGCAGCGCCACAUCAUUCAGUCAAACUGAGACCCAGAAACACAUUCACUAGCUUGUAUCCAGACCCCCCCCCCCAAGCCCCGUGACAUUCACUCGUAGGACAGACCAGAAAUAUACAGCCACAUUGAUACACACACGGACCUAAACGCACAGCCAGGACCUCACCCGCAGGCUCGUAAGUCACUGGAAAAAUAUUAAAGCGUUCCCUCCCUCCCCUCCUCUAUCUUUGACAUACACACGCCUGCGCGCGCGCGCACUCUUACACUCACACCCCCCGUCCCUAAGCGCGUCGGAGCCUCGCAGCGGGUGACCCCGAGGCCCCGCGGAUCUCAUCUGGCCACCGCGUUCUGGAAGAGGCGAGAGGGAGAGCGUGCGCGAGAGGAGAGAGACGGCGGGGGAAAGGGAGACGGCGAGACGCGCAGCGCCGGCGCCCGGGAGACCCAGGAGGAACCCGCAGAUAACCAGCCCGAGUCAUGCAGUCUUUUCGAGAAAGGUGUGGUUUCCAUGGCAAACAACAGAACUACCAGCAGACCUCGCAGGAAACAUCACGCCUAGAGAAUUACAGGCAGCCGAGUCAGGCCGGGCUAAGCUGCGACCGGCAGCGGCUGCUCGCCAAGGACUAUUAUAACCCGCAGCCUUACCCGAGCUAUGAGGGUGGCGCUGGCACGCCCUCUGGCACUGCAGCCGCGGUGGCCGCCGACAAGUACCACCGAGGCAGCAAGGCCCUGCCCACACAGCAAGCCCUGCAGGGGAGACCGGCUUUCCCUGGCUACGGCGUCCAGGACAGCAGCCCCUACCCAGGCCGCUAUGCUGGUGAGGAGAGCCUUCAGGCUUGGGGGGCCCCGCAGCCACCACCCCCACAGCCGCAGCCACUACCUGCAGGGGUGGCCAAGUAUGAUGAGAACUUGAUGAAAAAGACAGCAGUGCCCCCCAGCAGGCAGUAUGCAGAGCAGGGCGCCCAGGUGCCCUUUCGGACUCACUCCCUGCACGUCCAGCAGCCACCGCCGCCCCAGCAGCCCCUGGCAUACCCCAAGCUCCAAAGGCAGAAGCUGCAGAACGACAUUGCCUCCCCUCUGCCCUUCCCCCAGGGUACCCACUUUCCUCAGCAUUCCCAGUCCUUCCCCACCUCCUCCACCUACUCCUCCUCUGUCCAGGGUGGUGGGCAGGGGGCCCACUCCUAUAAGAGUUGCACGGCACCGACUGCCCAGCCCCAUGACAGGCCGCUGACUGCCAGCUCCAGCCUGGCCCCGGGGCAGCGGGUCCAGAAUCUUCAUGCCUACCAGUCGGGCCGCCUCAGCUAUGACCAGCAGCAGCAGCAGCAGCAGCAGCAAGCCCUUCAGAGCCGGCACCAUGCCCAGGAAACCCUCCAUUACCAAAACCUCGCCAAGUAUCAGCACUACGGGCAGCAAGGCCAGGGCUACUGCCAGCCGGACGCAGCCGUCCGGACCCCAGAGCAGUACUACCAGACCUUCAGCCCCAGCUCCAGCCACUCACCCGCCCGCUCUGUGGGCCGCUCGCCUUCCUACAGUUCCACACCGUCGCCGCUGAUGCCAAACCUGGAGAACUUUCCCUACAGCCAGCAGCCGCUCAGCACCGGGGCCUUCCCCGCAGGGAUCACUGACCACAGCCACUUCAUGCCCCUGCUCAAUCCCUCCCCAACGGAUGCCACCAGCUCUGUGGACACCCAGGCUGGCAACUGCAAGCCCCUUCAGAAGGACAAGCUCCCUGAGAACCUGCUGUCGGAUCUCAGCCUGCAGAGCCUCACGGCGCUGACCUCACAGGUGGAGAACAUCUCCAACACCGUCCAGCAGCUGCUGCUCUCCAAGGCUGCUGUGCCGCAAAAGAAAGGUGUCAAGAACCUCGUGUCCAGGACCCCAGAGCAGCAUAAAAGCCAGCACUGCAGCCCCGAAGGGAGCGGCUACUCAGCCGAGCCCGCGGGCACACCGCUGUCAGAGCCGCUGAGCAGCACGCCACAGUCCACGCAUGCGGAGCCGCAGGAGGCCGACUACCUGAGCGGCUCCGAGGACCCACUGGAGCGCAGCUUCCUCUACUGCAACCAGGCCCGUGGCAGCCCUGCCAGGGUCAACAGCAACUCGAAGGCCAAGCCCGAGUCCGUGUCCACCUGUUCUGUAACCUCUCCUGACGACAUGUCCACCAAAUCUGACGACUCCUUCCAGAGCCUGCACAGCAGUCUGCCGCUCGACAGCUUCUCCAAGUUCGUGGCGGGUGAGCGGGACUGUCCGCGGCUGCUGCUCAGCGCCCUGGCACAGGAGGACCUGGCCUCCGAGAUCCUGGGGCUGCAAGAAGCCAUCGGUGAGAAGGCCGACAAAGCUUGGGCUGAAGCACCCAGCCUGGUCAAGGACAGCAGCAAGCCACCCUUCUCGCUGGAGAACCACAGCGCCUGCCUGGACUCUGUGGCCAAGAGUGCGUGGCCCCGGCCUGGGGAGCCAGAGGCCCUGCCCGACUCCUUGCAGCUGGACAAGGGCGGCAAUGCCAAGGACUUCAGCCCAGGGCUGUUUGAAGACCCUUCCGUGGCCUUCGCUACGCCUGACCCCAAAAAGACAACUGGUCCUCUCUCCUUUGGCACCAAGCCCACCCUUGGGGUUCCUGCUCCAGACCCCACUACAGCAGCUUUUGACUGUUUCCCGGACACAACCGCUGCCAGCUCAGCGGACAGUGCCAACCCCUUUGCCUGGCCAGAGGAAAACCUGGGGGAUGCUUGUCCCAGGUGGGGAUUGCACCCUGGCGAGCUUACCAAGGGCCUGGAGCAGGGUGGGAAGGCCUCAGAUGGCAUCAGCAAAGGGGACACCCAUGAGGCUUCGGCCUGCCUGGGCUUCCAGGAGGAGGACCCCCCUGGGGAGAAGGUGGCCUCGUUGCCCGGAGACUUCAAGCAGGAGGAGGUGGGUGGGGUGAAGGAGGAGGCAGGUGGGCUGCUACAGUGCCCCGAGGUGGCCAAGGCUGACCGGUGGCUGGAGGACAGCCGGCACUGCUGUUCCACCGCCGACUUCGGGGACCUCCCACUGCUGCCACCCACCAGCAGGAAGGAGGACCUGGAAGCUGAGGAGGAGUACUCCUCCCUGUGUGAGCUCCUGGGCAGCCCCGAGCAGAGGCCCGGCAUGCAGGACCCGCUGUCACCCAAGGCCCCACUCAUCUGCACCAAGGAGGAGGUGGAGGAGGUGCUGGACUCCAAGGCCGGCUGGGGCUCUCCAUGCCACCUCUCAGGGGAGUCCGUCAUCCUGCUGGGCCCUACAGUGGGCACCGAGUCAAAGGUCCAGAGCUGGUUUGAGUCCUCUCUGUCACACAUGAAGCCAGGUGAAGAGGGGCCUGAUGGGGAGCGAGCUCCAGGGGAUUCCACCACCUCGGACGCCUCUCUGGCCCAGAAGCCCAACAAGCCUGCUGUGCCUGAGGCGCCCAUUGCAAAGAAAGAGCCUGUGCCACGGGGCAAAAGCUUACGGAGCCGUCGGGUGCACCGGGGGCUGCCCGAGGCCGAGGACUCCCCAUGCAGGGCACCAGUGCUGCCCAAAGACCUCUUGCUCCCUGAAUCCUGCACAGGGCCCCCACAGGGACAGAUGGAAGGGGCUGGAGCCCCAGGCCGGGGGUCCUCGGAAGGGCUCCCCAGGAUGUGUACUCGUUCUCUCACGGCCCUGAGUGAGCCCCGCACGCCCGGACCCCCAGGCCUGACCACCACCCCUGCACCCCCAGACAAACUGGGGGGCAAGCAGCGAGCCGCCUUCAAGUCGGGCAAGCGGGUGGGGAAGCCCUCACCCAAGGCUGCCUCCAGCCCCAGCAACCCGGCCGCCCUGCCUGUGGCCUCCGACAGCAGCCCGAUGGGCUCCAAGACCAAGGAGACAGACUCACCCAGCACGCCUGGCAAGGACCAGCGCUCCAUGAUCCUUCGGUCACGCACCAAAACCCAGGAGAUCUUCCACUCCAAGCGGCGGAGGCCCUCUGAGGGCCGGCUCCCCAACUGCCGUGCCACCAAGAAGCUCCUCGACAACAGCCACUUGCCCGCCACAUUCAAGGUCUCCAGCAGCCCCCAGAAGGAGGGCAGGGUGAGCCAGCGGGCAAGGGUCCCCAAACCUGGUGCAGGCAGCAAGCUCUCUGACCGGCCCCUCCAUGCGCUCAAAAGGAAGUCGGCCUUCAUGGCGCCGGUCCCCACCAAGAAGCGGAACCUGGUCUUGCGGAGCCGCAGCAGCAGCAGCAGCAACGCCAGUGGCAAUGGGGGAGAUGGGAAGGAGGAGAGGCCCGAGGGGUCCCCCACCCUCUUCAAGAGGAUGUCUUCUCCCAAGAAAGCCAAGCCCACCAAGGGCAAUGGCGAGCCUGCCACAAAGCUCCCACCCCCGGAGACCCCCGAUGCCUGCCUCAAGCUCGCCUCUCGGGCAGCCUUCCAGGGGGCCAUGAAGACCAAGGUGCUGCCACCCCGGAAGGGCCGGGGCCUGAAGCUGGAAGCCAUCGUGCAGAAGAUCACCUCGCCCAGCCUCAAGAAGUUCGCAUGUAAAGCGCCAGGGGCCUCUCCUGGUAAUCCUCUGAGCCCAUCCCUUUCCGACAAAGACCGUGGGCUCAAGGGUGCUGGGGGCAGCCCAGUGGGGGUGGAAGAAGGCCUGGUAAAUGUGGGCACCGGGCAGAAGCUCCCAACUUCUGGGGCUGAUCCGUUAUGCAGAAAUCCAACCAACAGAUCCUUAAAAGGCAAACUCAUGAACAGUAAGAAACUGUCUUCUACUGACUGUUUCAAAACCGAGGCCUUCACAUCCCCGGAGGCCCUGCAGCCCGGGGGGACUGCCCUGGCGCCUAAGAAGAGGAGCCGGAAAGGCCGGGCAGGGGCCCUUGGACUCUCCAAAGGCCCGCUGGAGAAGCGGCCCUAUCUUGGCCCGGCUCUGCUCCUGACUCCCCGAGACAGGGCCAGUGGCACACAAGGGGCCAGCGAGGACAACUCUGGUGGAGGAGGCAAGAAGCCAAAGAUGGAGGAGCUGGGCCUGGCCUCCCAGCCCCCGGAGGGCAGGCCCUGCCAGCCCCAGACAAGGGCACAGAAACAGCCAGGCCACACCAACUACAGCAGCUAUUCCAAGCGGAAGCGCCUCACUCGGGGCCGGGCCAAGAACACCACCUCUUCACCCUGUAAGGGGCGUGCCAAGCGACGACGACAGCAGCAGGUGCUGCCCCUGGAUCCCGCAGAGCCUGAAAUCCGCCUCAAGUACAUUUCCUCUUGCAAGCGGCUGAGGUCAGACAGCCGGACCCCUGCCUUUUCACCCUUUGUGCGGGUGGAGAAGCGAGACUCGUUCACCACCAUAUGCACUGUUGUCAACUCCCCUGGAGAUGCGCCCAAGCCCCACAGGAAGCCUUCCUCCUCUGCCUCCUCUUCCUCAUCCUCGUCCUCGUUCUCCUUGGAUGCAGCCGGGGCCUCCCUGGCCACACUCCCUGGAGGCUCCAUCCUGCAGCCGCGGCCCUCCUUGCCCCUCUCCUCCAUGAUGCACUUGGGGCCUGUGGUUUCCAAGGCCCUGAGUACCUCUUGCCUUGUUUGCUGCCUCUGCCAAAACCCGGCCAACUUCAAGGACCUUGGGGACCUCUGUGGGCCCUACUACCCUGAACACUGCCUCCCCAAAAAGAAGCCAAAACUCAAGGAGAAGGUGCGGCCAGAAGGCACCUGUGAGGAGGCCUUGCUGCCGCUUGAGAGAACACUCAAAGGUCCCGAGUGUGCAGCUGCCGCCACUGCCGGGAAGCCCCCCAGGCCUGACGGCCCAGCUGACCCGGCCAAGCAGGGCCCACUGCGCACCAGUGCCCGGGGCCUGUCCCGGAGGCUGCAGAGCUGCUACUGCUGUGAUGGCCGGGAGGAUGGGGGCGAGGAGGCAGCCCCAGCCGACAAGGGUCGCAAACAUGAGUGCAGCAAGGAGGCUCCGGCAGAGCCCGGCGGGGAGGCCCAGGAGCACUGGGUGCACGAGGCCUGUGCCGUGUGGACCAGCGGCGUCUACCUGGUGGCCGGGAAGCUCUUUGGGCUGCAGGAGGCCAUGAAGGUGGCCGUGGACAUGAUGUGUUCCAGCUGCCAAGAAGCCGGGGCCACCAUUGGGUGCUGCCACAAAGGAUGCCUCCACACCUACCACUACCCGUGUGCCAGCGAUGCAGGUUGCAUAUUCAUCGAAGAGAACUUUUCUUUGAAAUGUCCCAAACAUAAGAGGCUGCCGUAGUAAUCCACCCCAACGGCCGGAGGAGCCGCCGGAGCCCGCCUGCCCGCCCGCCGCCGAAGGAGAGGAGCCGCCUGCGCAGCCCCCGGGCCUUUGAGCUGCUCCCAGCGCUGGUCCAGAGCCGAUCCUUGAUCCGGGUCCCGGAUCGUGGAUCCGGCCGCCUAGGGCUCAGACUUGCGGCCCCGGGUUGGGAGGAAAACCCGUUCCGGAGCCGCCUGCUCCCGGAACCGGACGGCACAGGGCGUUCUUGCCCACCCCAGGGGCCAGGCUUGCGGAGGGGGAGCCCGCGGAGCGGCCAGACUCCCCGGGGCGCUCAGCCUCCGGCGAGGGUGGGAGACGGCUUUGUCCUGGGGACACUUUCCCUCUGGAAUCUCAAGACGACGUGGCACACAUUCCACGUGGGUGCUGCCGCCACCCCAGUCGGUCGUGGCGUGCAGCUGGGAGCCCUGGGCUUGGGGGUGGGGGUCGAAACAGUACUGGAAGAGGCGGAGGGCGGCUCCUAGCUCCGUGGACUAGGCGGGGGAGAAAGGAAGCCUUUCUGAGAGCGGGCUAGGCCGGCACUGGAGAGGCCGGAGCCUUUGGAACAAACCGUGCGGAACGCGUCCAGGGGCCUUCCCGCCCAGCCUUUGCCAGAUCUCUCGUGCGGUUCGGGCAAAGCCGGGGUAGACCUGGGCUAUGCUCAGUUAGGGGUUGCGGGAUCCCCGAGUGUGGGCGGGACUGGGACACCCUUUGGCCUCUGUUUGUCCCCUUUCCAGUCCUCCACCCCACCCCUGGAGCCCAGCCUGGGAGCGCAAAACCCAAGAAGCGGCCAGAACGCACCUCCGGCGGACGCGCGACCGUUGAGCACCACCAGGGACCGCCGCGCCUACUCUGCACGGGAGCAGGGACAGCGCUAGAUUUCGUGUACAAAACCUGUGUACCCCUCUAUAUAUAUGUUACAUAGAAUGUAUAUAUGUUGGGAACAUGCUCGCUUCUCCCGUGUGUCGCCGCCGUGCGUCGUGCGCCCGCAACAGAGCCCCAACCGGGCCUUUGCCGGGUAAGGGGCUACCGCGACGCCACUUGUCCACGCAGCCACCACCGGCCCGGGCCAGUCCCUGCCAGUCCGUCCGCCUGUCCGUCCGUGUCCUCAGCUCUGUCCACGCUUCGAUAGGCCUGACGCAGCCCCCAGCCCAGGGCCGCCCUAGCAACUUCCUGUACAUAUGACUGUAAAAUGGUAAACGUGUGUAUUAUAUCUGGCCUCGUUAUAUAGUGUAUAUAUAUGUAUACAUAUACAUAUAUAUAAUAUAUAUGAAGACUGUAAAUGUUAAGACGACUAGUGUUCUUAUUAGUAUAUUGCUUCACACUGAAGAUUGUGUGUAUCGAGCUGUUUCUAAAAGAUGUUUAUUUUCCUUAAGAGUAAAAAACAGUCAUUGCAUUCAGAAAAAAAAAAAAAAAGUCAAUAAAGAUACAACGAUUGUUUUGGAAAA